UUUAAAGCCCUGACUUUAAAAAUCUGCUAUUAAACGCCCCCAGUAACCUUCUCACGUCCGCGCCGCCAGCCUCCGCUGGCCAGAGAGCCCCAGCGACAGCCCAGGGCCGGAUCCCUUUGCCCGCGGCCGCACCUUCCGGCCGGCGGGCUCCACUCGGCUUUUCCCGGCGUGCCGCGACCGCGCUCACUCGGCCUUCGGCUGUUUCCGGAGCCACUCGCGGCUGGCGGCGGAGAAGCUCGAGCACGGGCUGCAGAUGUCGGACCAGCUGGCGGCUCACCGGCCGGGCUCCUGGAGCCCCGCAGCCCUCAUAGGGGCGGCGGGCGGCGUCGGAGACGGCCCUGGAGAGGAGGAGAGCCAAGCGUCCGCCUCAGAGAACAAAGAUCUAGAAAACAGCAACAUCACCUCUCCAGUGGCUUCUGCUUCUGAUCCAGUACCCCAUUCCUCACCCCACAGGCCAGAGAUGGUGUCACAGGAGAGUAAGGAUGCCACAGAAGAUCUGCAGAAAACAACUGGUGCCUUGGAGGCUGAGUCCUUGGUGGAACAGGAAUUGCUGCCUGCAGACCAGGCCCGGAUCCUAAACGAGAUGACCAAGUACCAAGUUCCACAAAGGUCUGGGGACAUCGUUAUGAUCCAGUCUGAGCACACAGGAGCUAUAGACAUUCUUUCAGCUGAUUUGGAAUCUGCAGGUCUUCUGGGUGACCACAGGAAAGUCUCGCCACCUCUUAUGGCUCCUCCAUGUACCUGGACCUUUACCAAGAUGAAGGAAUUCAAAAGCAAGCUGGGCAAAGAGAAGAACAACCGUCUGGUAGUGAAGCGGGGUGAAGUAGUGACCAUCCGGGUACCUACCCAUCCAGAGGGGAAGCGUGUCUGCUGGGAGUUUGCGACCGAUGACUAUGACAUUGGCUUUGGAGUUUAUUUUGAUUGGACUCCUGUAACCAGCACUGACAUAACUGUGCAGGUCAGUGAUUCCAGCGAGGAUGAGGAUGAAGAUGAGGAUGAGGAGGAAGAAAUUGAAGACCCUGUUCCAGUUGGAGAUGUGGAGAGAGGCUCCAGGAGCUCCCUGCGGGGUCGCUAUGGGGAGGUCAUGCCUGUGUACCGGCGGGACAGCCACCGAGAUGUGCAGGCUGGCAGCCACGACUACCCCGGUGAGGGCAUCUACCUGCUCAAGUUUGACAACUCCUACUCCCUGCUGCGCAACAAGACUCUCUACUUCCACAUUUACUACACUAGCUGAAGGACCAAUGGGAUGGGGGCAAGUGGGUUUUUGCUGGCUGAAGCAGGCUGCCAGUUGGUGCCUCUUGUUUUGGAUAGACAAGAGUCAAAAGUUGAGUGUGAGGCUCCUGACCCUCACACCCUGCCUGGCAUGCCUGACUAUUGACCCCACAUAGCUUUUUCCCUUUCUUGGCUUCUGCAGGUGGUGGUAUAUACCCCUGUUCUGUGGUCCCUGACACUCUUCUUGCUUCAGACUCUAGCAAAACCAUUCUGUGAUGGCAAAAGCCUAAAAGGAAGUAGGGUGUUGCUUUUGCGAAUAGGCUUGUUUUGGUUCUAGCUCAUUACUCAGAUUGCUGCUCUCUCCUCAACCAGAGCUGUUAUUACAGAUGCAUUUGGGGGUACCCGCUCUCUUCACUUUUUGAGGUGCUGGAAGAGGGAAAAGCACAUUGUCCAUGAAGGAACCCAGUCUCUUGGAUGGAGAAAGCUCUGACCAGCCUCUCACCACUGCCAUUUUCCCGCUUGCUGGUUACUCUUGGUCUCUAAAUAGGCUGGGGAGUCCUCACUGCCUUUGGAGGGGUGUGGCUUAUUCCUCAUGGUUAGCCUCCUCCUCUUUCCCUCCCCUAAGUCUGUGUUUUAGCCAUUGCAGCAAGAACUAUCUUUCAGUCUAAAGUGAUAAUCAGAGUACUCUAAGAUCUUUUGGAAGAAAAACUGCCUCCAUCACUUCCUAUUUCAAGUGGUAGUUUCCCUUACCAAGGGCACUGGUGGUAGAAGGGGAAAGGGUGUAAAUAAGGUACUGAAUUGGUCUCAGAACCCACAUCUUUAACAGUCAGGUAUUACUAAACUUGUGUGUGUGUGUGUGUGUGUGUGUUUUAAUAAUCCAAGAAGGAGGGGUAUAAUCUGAGAGAGAAGGUAAAAAAAGUCAAAAACAAAAACCACUCCAGAUUCCUCACCACUUCUUUUGUCUUUAGAAUAGGAGUGUUAUUUAGAAGUUUUGCUUUGGAACCAAAUGCAGUGAACCUCAAUCAGGUUUCCAGUUUCUAGAUUUAGGUUUCUUGCAUUGAGGACUUAAAACUUUUGGUUUUCAAAGCCUCUUAGGAAAGGUGAUAAUGAAGCUUCACUGCUGUUGCUGAUUGUAUUUGUUCUUCACCCUGCCAAAGCUUGCAUUUCUCUGGGGACAGCCUUUCCCACUUGAUUAACCCUGAGGCCUAGGAGUGCCAGAGGUGCAGGUGGUGCUGCAGUCGGUGGCCACCAGGGCCCCAAGGCCCUGGGCAGAGAAGGAGAACAAGACGGGACCUCAGCUGUACCUCCUUGUUUCUUAUGCCUUGUGUCAAGUCUGUUACUUCCUUAGAAUUGUGAAGAAUAAUUCGAUUUAUUUAUUACUUUAUUUAUUUUUUAGCACAUUUCAUUUUGCCUUUGAAACAGUUUUCAUCUGUUUCUCAGAAGGCUUCCCAUCUGUUCUGAGCCACUCUUCUAUGAAGUUAAAGGGGAUGAUUUUAGGGAGUUGGGAAAGUUCCAUUCCUACAGGUCAGUCCUGUGAUGCUUUGGGAGGAAACUGUCCCUUCAGAGAUGGAUAGUGCCAGCCUACCCCGUGUUUAGGGUUCUGCCCAGCACUCCCUCUGAGGACUUCUAAGUCAUGAGGGAAUCUUCCUGUUCGCUGGGGAUUGAUUGCAGAGGACUCAACUAGCCAAUCAGAGAUCUGCUAUGAUUCUCAGAUUUCAAAGUCCUUUGCCUACUCUGAGGAGUCACCUUCUAUACAGUGUUUCCUUUGGCUCACCCGUUCCUUGGGUGGGUGUCUCUGACCAAACCUCUCCUUCCUACUGGAGCAGGAACUCAAAGAACAGGGCCCCUCACAGUAGGUCUGUAGUAGCAUCUAUAUCAUGAACAAAGGACGCUACAUCUGCGCCUUCUGUUCCCCUGGUACCAAAGCCCCAAGUAGGACAGGAUGUUGUGGAUUUUCACAGCAUCCCCAUUCUCUGAGCGACAUCAUACCUCCAUUAUUUUAUAUUUGUGAGUGCAUUUUGGAAAGGAUUACACUGGUCCAAAUUUGUAUACCUUGUAAGAAAUUAAAGUGACUGUCUAUUUGGGCAGUGAAAAGCAAACUUGCAGUGGGUCAUCCUGUCAGACAGCUGAGUGACCACUCUUUCAUCACUAAAGUUAAAUCAUGCCUUAGCUAAUUUAAUAUAAUCUUUAUCAAGUCAUUUUCUACUGAGCUGUUUCCGGUCAGCUAAAGCCUUGCUUAUUUUUCCUGGUUAUUAUUAACUUCUGACUUUCUCUCAAAAUGGAGCUGUCAGGCCACAGCCAGCUCCCUGGAAUAACACACUUACUCUUUAUUUCUUAUUUUGCCAUGAGACUCUGUGUACUUAUUUUCUUUGGAAUCUGAGUUCUGUUGCAUCAGGGAUGCCUGAGGGACCUGCUCCCAUCGUCUCUGUGUGCCUGUUACUGUCUGGUCCUUUGAGAAGUCCCUGGGGGAUUGUGACAUUUCAUUCCAUACUGGUGUUUCACUAACAGUCAGGGUUUCUUUGUUCCAUUAGCACAAAGUAGCUAAGAGAAGAUGUUUUCAAUCUCUUAUGUGCUUACUGUUCUCAUUUAAACUUCUGAAGUAAUUGAACUUUAGGGACAUAAGGUUAUUUACUGAAGCACAGGCAUUCCUCAGAAUUUCAUAGCCCAGCCAUAUCCUAAAACGUGAUCAUUUCCUUAGUCUCUCUCUGUUCAAGUUUAUGAAAUGUAAAUAAUUUGCUUUCACCCUCACUCUGCUCUCCAGGGCACAAGUAAAUAUUAGCCAACAAUCAAAAGAAAGUGCUUCAUAGUAGGAGAGGGACUGAAUUCUCUACACAGAGUGGCUGAGUUCUUAAACUUUGUCAGUUUCUUUAGUUUUCCUACUUUGUUGAGAGAUACAUUCAGGGCUUUUACAAAGGAAGAAAUGUGUUAAAGUGUUAAUAUUUUCUAACAUUUUAUUAUGAAAAAUGUCAGUCAAACAGAAAAGUUAAAAGAAUUGUACAGUGAACACCCAUAUACCCACCCCAUAGAUUCUAAAAUUAUAAACUGCUAAUUUUUAAACAAAGGUUAGCCUAACAUUCUGUUCUUUUUGACAAGUGUCCAAUUAGAGUAUGUUCCCUGCACAGAGAGCCCCUGAUUUUCAAGAGACUUACUUCAUUCAACACGCAUUUCCUGGGAGGUAGUCCUCAUAAAAAUGUUCCUUGAACUCCAUGUCCCCCGCCCCCCCCCCCUCAGGCCAUGGUUUCUGCCAUUUUCCUCUCUAACUGGCAUAUUGGUAUGGGGGAAAUAUUGAAGCUGCUGGAAGGACUUUAUUCUAAUCUGUCUUACCUUAUGACUUGUCCUCAGGACUUUUUUAAAAUUAAAACUCAAUCCUCGGAUAACAUGUAGCUUUAUAAUGGAAAUAGGUAGCAACUUGAAAUUAGGCCAUUCUUAGUUCUUUUUUCUUAAUUGAUUCAUGCACUUUAAAAAUAUUUUUAUCUAUUAUUUAUGAAAGUCUCAGACUUAUAAAAAAGUAUAUUGUCUUAUUAUAAUACCUGUAUUGAAGAGUUAAAGCUGAAGGCUUACUGUCUUAUUUUAAUCAGCAGGUUUAAAAUAGCAGGUAUAAAACUUGUAAUUUACAGAAAAUGUCUGAGUUUAUUUGUUGUUGGUGAGUCCUACCCAGUCCCACUUUGGGAAAACUAGGUAAAACCCAAACCCUAACUUAUUUUUUAAGACCACUUAUCUGUAAAUGGUUGCUUUUUAAUCCCAAAGUCUGUGGUUCUAAGAUAUGGAGUUGAGUGACCCAAUAAAUAAAAGACUAUUUAUUGUUUUAGUGGAGGAUGAGAUACAGGCAUGAUUUAAACAGUUUGGAGCAACUUGAGAACUGCCUUUUUAAAUUAAAUGGCCAGGAGUGAAAAUAGAAUAAAAUUGGGAGAAGAGAGCAAAGCUGUUGAAUGUAUCCCAGAAUUUUGUUCAUAUCCCAGUUUUGCUGAAUUCUUUAGUUUGCAUUUCAUUCCUUGGAAUUGCUCUUUAAGCCAUAAGCCUUGCUGCUAGCUCUCACUGUGCUUGUUGGAGAAAUCCCAAACCCACUUUGCUGGCUUUUCCAACAGGAUCCACUUCAGAAAUAUUUUUGAGUAGGUCUCCUCUACUAAGUAUAAUCCUGACUGGAGGAUUGAUUUCAUCUCAGUAUUCUCUGGAACUUGAAAGUCUAGUGUUGUGAAAAAAGAUGGUGGGAUUAGAAAAAGGCUGAGAGGAGUUAGUUCCAGUUGUGGUACUAUAGCCACAGUUGGUUUUGACUAUAGCCAAGAAGGGGAUGAAAUAGGUCAAUCUGAACCUAGAUCACAUAAGAGCCUCAAGCUACAAGAGUAUGUUUCUCUAACAGCUGGACCCUGGUAUAGACUGAACUUCCAAUGAGAUGUAAGACUCACUGUCUUCUUUAAUCUGAGUGAGAUGGUCAGACAUAGAGCAGUAAAUGGAAUAGACCAAACAGACACAGUUUCUCCCUUGUAGAGCUUCUAUUCUAAUACUUGGGAAAUUUUUCCUUUUUAACUAGUUUCCACCUGGCCAACAGUGUAGAACUUCUGGAAACCUGAAUCUGCUGGAAAAGGGAAGAGCACAGUCCCUAUAGAAUCUUAGCCAUUGACAAGAAUUAGAAAGCAAGUUUCUGCCUGAUAAAAAGGCAAUAUCAUUUUUUGUUGUGAGGGGUAGUUUAUUAAGGAUUUAUGCCUUUCAGAGAGCAGUCAUUUUAUUCAUUGUGUUUUGGUGCUCAGGAAGCCAUGAUGCCUGAUUCUUUGGGGAAUAAAUGAGGAAUGGGUAUCUAAAACCAAUCACAAGCCAGGCAUCUGCUUUCCAGUGACCCAGUAUAUGACAAGAAUCCAUAAGGCCAAAGUCCAAAUCUUCAUGCAUAUGGGAUCCUAGCCCUCGGUCCUCACUUACCACAGCUGAAAGACAAAGAGGGGGACUAGGAUCCCUCCGUUUCGGUAGAUUACCUCUCACUGCCUGAUGUCUUGAUUGUACUAUUAUUUAGCACUGGCAGCGUGGUAUCCAAGGCCUUUGUCCGUAUAAUUAACUGGGAUAAUAACCAUAUGAGUUGAGUAGAUAAGGCAGUCAACUUUGGUUGGAAGCAGGGCUGGGGAGGGAUUAUGGAUUAUGACUUAUAGUCCCAUAUAGGGAUAGCUGGGCAACUCGUGUAUGACUGCAAUUGGAAACCACUUUUUAACCUUACCAAGCAAGUGAAGAAGAUGUGACAGUGUUAUACUGAUGAAGAUGAUGUUAACUGAGUUGGGUAAAAUAGAGCAAACCCUCUAUAUAUGUGGGAACCAUAUUCUGUCAUUGGCUGUAAGUACAAUUUCAAUGUGAGUUUGCAAUUCCUCAGUUUUCUCGGAGCCUGGCUGUGGGGUCUACUGAAGGAAGGGGCCAGUCUUUUCUGGGCAGUGGCUCUGGCUUCAGCAAAAGAGAACUCCCUAGGAGUUGGUUCCUGGUGGCCUCUUCUCAGGGAAGUUGGGAAAGCACUUGGGCAGAACUGCUUUGGCUCUGUUUAUACCUGGUGAUGGUCAGUGUCACCCCUUGGCUCUGUCUAACCCAUCCAGCACCUGUGAACAUUCCUUUGGCAUCUACUCAGUUAUUUAGGUAAUAAGGUUAGGGCAGGAUUUGGGACUCAAAGGGUGAGAGAAACAUUGUUAAGUAUGAUGUGGCUAGGUAGCAAAAAUCAGUACUCCCUCGAAGUGUUGUGCUGUCCUUGCCAGAACUGAGAAGGCCACACAGAGCCCCUCCUGUUUGAAUCCCUUGUCACAAGGUAAGAAAACACAGAUACUUUCCCAAAGCCUGUGAUAGCAGAGUUCAUUUACAAACAGGCAUUCCCCCCAAAACCAAGUCGAGAGGCAAAAUACUGUGAAAUUAUUUGUAGUCCUGGUCACUGGUUUGAAUUCAUGAUCUGCUUUCUAUUAUAUAUGCCUUGAUUUCUUUUGGAUCCCCAGGCUUGUGGACCUGAGCUAAUUUCAUGGCUCUUCUUCACUGUAUUCAGAACUACUAAUACCUAAUCCUCCAAGAUACAAUGAAAAGGUACCCCAGAAGUCUAGAUACAGGCUUCUUUAUUAUAGUCCACUGUUAUCUGUCACUUGAAGCAGGUAGUUUUGGCUUAUCUGGGGGUAAGAUAACAUAUGUGAAAUGACUUUCAGAGGAUAAAGUAUAUUUUCUAAAAGUUCUGAUAUAGGAAAUGUACAUUUUAAAGUUUUCGGUUAAAGUAUUAUUGUAUUUUAUAAUUCACAGUUUAAGGGGCUCUCUUCCUUAACUCUCCUCAUCACUCAGGUUUGAAAUACCACUGUGUGAUGUUCCUUGUUAUUAUUGUUGAUUCUGAGGUUCACAGGCAAGAAUCACCUGGAAAACAUUCUCAAUUCUUUCUCUCAUGCCCUAAACAGUACACCUCACUAGGAAAUUCCAUAUUAAAAACUCCACCAUCUUUUUCUGGAAUUAUUCCCCCAUAAAUGAAUUUGUUUUAAUUUAAUCAAGGUGAAUUUUUUCCUUCUGGCCAUGUUAAAGAGCAAGUAAAGUCUGGAGAAAGCAAUCCUGUAUCCCAUGACUCUGGUGUGCCCCUUUUCCCUUAAUAAUGGGAAAUGUUUCAAAAUUCCUAGAAGAAGGUUGCUUUGUAAUCAAAGUGAUAGAUUAUAAGAAAGCCAUCUUGGGUAAGGAUAAUUGGAAUAGAGGGAUGUGCCUGAAGAUUUCCCUAAGCUACUUUAUGCCACUAAAUUUAUAUUUCUCAAGGGCCUACUUGGUGCCAGGUACUCAGGUAUGUCAGUUGAUUGAAAGGUGAUCAUGUUUUCUUGGUAAAUAUUUAAGCAAUUGGCAAUCACAGAAACAUUCUUACCAUAUUGUUCUACAUCAUGCACUGAGGCUGACAUUACAAAAAGGGGUCUGGAAGGGAAACAUUGUCACCGUCUUUUAAUUUUUCUUUAAAAUACAGUAGUAUCCUAACUAAUCACUAUUAUCGUCACCUUGUUUUACAUGUCCGUCAUCAUCAGAAAUGCUGGCAACAGCUCCUGUGAUUUCCAUGUUAAGAGCUCUGUACCAAAUUGUUACUUAUUUCUUAUGUCCUGCUGAGUGGUUUUUCUUUUAAAAUACCAUCUUUUACCACCCUGUGGCACUGAAGGUGUUGCUGAAAUACACAGAUGAUCUGAGUUUAUGGUUCUUUAAAAUAGCUCAAUUCUUGUGUUUUAUAUUAUGUCACAGUUUUGUGAUGCUUUUGUGCAUUUUGUCUUCUGAGUUUUGAAAUCUGUCAUAAAUAAACUUUUUCACUAUGCACCUGAAA